AUGCUGGUCAGACGUGUCAGACUUCUUGGAAACCAUGCCAAGGGCCACCAUCCGAUCGUACAUGAAUCCAAGUGCAUGCGCAAUCUCGUGCGCAGCGACUCGAACGGCGAACCGCACGUCAGAAAUGUAGCGCGGGGCGAAGUUCAUGACGCCAGCAACAGGACGCCCAUUCUCUUCAGACCCCAGUACAGCACAGGGAAGUGCGAAUAUACUUUCUGGGCCAGCCGCGACGUACAGCACCAUGUCAGCAUUAACACCCUGUGCAUGGUAUUCAGGAGGCACGGUAAAGUUUUUGCACAUAGCAUCAUUUUCCUUGAACUCGGGUACAAUAAGCGGACUGGGCAGAGGCUUCACGAGGAGACGGUCUGUGUGGAGUUUAACAGCCGCGGGAAGGAUCUUGUCGAUGAGGUUGGCCUUGCGUUCAGGAGUAAGAACGUCUGA